AAAGUGCUAUGCUCAAAGAAAAAGUCAUUGAGAAGUGAGAUAAAAUUAAACAAAGUGAAGUUUUACCAAAAAAUGUAAAAAAUUUCGAAGUAAACUUUUAAAUUUUUUACUGUAAAAAUUUAAUAAAUUACUGCAAACAUUUCCAAAGAACAAUUUACCCCAAGAUAAAAAUAAAAAAUAAAAUGAUUUAGCGCCUGCUUAAGGGAUAUUUAGCAAAGUUUUAUUCAGCCCGCCCCUCCCCUCGGCCCCUUUGCAAAUUGGAUCCUAAAAGAAAAGGCAUCAAAAUUCUACCCUCCUUCGCACAACUCAAAAUGCUGAACAUGGAAUCGCCUCAGAUGUAUGCGGAUGCGGUGCAAACAUUGGCGCAGCUCGACCUGAAGAAGCAGCCGCAGCCGCUGCCGCAGCAGGCAACAAUCGGCCAAAUCACGCUGACGGCGAUGUCCAGUGCACAGCAGCAACAGCAGCAGCAGCAACAACAACAACUGCAACAGCAACAGCAGCAGCAACAGGUGACAACGGAUGCCAACAACAAUGCCACAAUUCAGGACGCGGCCUUGCUGGUCAAGCAGCACGCCAUGCAGCAGAUGCAACUGAACAACAACAACAACAGCAACAACAGCAACAACAGCUUGCUGCAGAAGCAAAUGCUGCAACAGUACGGCACUCAAACGGAUCUGGACGAGCUGACCACUCAGGAGAUAACACUGGACUUGCAGCACCUUAUCGACGACCAGUUCCGGGACACGGAGACCCUGGGCAUAUUCAGCGACAUGGUGACCAGUCCGGGCGGAUUGUCCGCCACGCUGCCGCCGAGUGGCAUGGUCAGUGCGGCCGCCAAAGUGCUGCAGCAGCAGCAGCAGACGCUGGCCAAUGCGCGGCAGCAGCAGCACUCGUACGGCAGGGCGGCGCUGGCCUACAUGCCGCAGGCGGUACACUCUAACGCCACGUACAACAAUCACUCGAGCGACGAGAACAGCUCCGUGGGCAGCGACUCGAGCAGCACGAUCAAGGAGGAGCCCAUCGAUCCUGAGUACCGCAGGCAUCUGCAGGAGUCGGUCAGUAGCCAGGCGGCUGCGGCGUUUAUAAGCAACGGCAAUGGACUCUACAAUGCGUACCAAGGUAACCCGCUGGGCGGCAGCAACAACAACAGCAGCAGCAACAACAGCAGCAACAGCAGCAACAACAGCAACAACAACAGCUCGGCGAACAGCAGCGCGGCGCAGUUCACCAAUCUGACGACGGCGAAUGUCCUGGCACAUCACAACCUGCCGCACUUGGCAGCCAACGCACAGCAACUGCUCAAGCAUCACACAAAGCUGCAACAGUCGCAGCAGCACCACGUCCAGCAGCAGCAGCACGCACAGCAGCACCGCAAGCACAGCAACAAGCACGUUGACAAGGGCACCGAGGAGUACCGGAGACGCCGCGAACGCAACAACAUCGCCGUGCGCAAGAGCCGCGAGAAGGCCAAGGUGCGCUCCAAGGAGGUGGAGGAGCGCGUCAAGUCGCUGCUGAAGGAGAAGGACGCGCUGCUGCGCCAGCUGAGCGAGAUGACCAAUGAGCUUUCGCUUCACAAACAAAUCUACAUGCAGCUCAUGAAUCACACGAAUCCCGAAGUGAGUCGCGUCUGCCGCAGCUUCCUCAACACGAACGAACAUUCGCUGUAGCUGUGAUGACUAACCUGUGCGAGCGAGCGAGAGAGACAAAUGGAGA